AUGGGUGUCCAAACGCGGAGGGCAAAAACUCCCAACGGCGAAAAGUUGUCCGUCACAACGACCGGCCGCGCCAACGGAGACACAAACGGGCACUCGAACGGCAAGAUGAAUAACGUCGAGCUGCGGCGCAAGCCCGGCCUCAAGCCCGAGUCGGAUCAGAUCACGGCGAAUCUCAUCUCUCGCGAAUCGUUCUCCCUCGACGACCAUGUCGUGAAGACCCCCGUGGCCAACAAUCAUGGCUUCUUUGAGCUGCCACAAUCAGACCAGCGCAACUUUAGCCUGCUGGUCCUUCUAUAUUUUCUCCAAGGCAUUCCCAUGGGGCUUGCCACUGGCUCUGUUCCGUUUCUGUUGAAGGAGCACCUCUCCUUUGGCCAGAUUGGCAUUUUCAGUCUGGCCUCGUACCCGUACUCGCUCAAGUUGUUCUGGAGUCCCAUCGUCGACGCGGUAUGGAGCCCCAAGAUCGGAAGGAGAAAGAGCUGGAUCCUUCCCAUCCAGCUCAUCUCAGGUGUCAGCAUGCUCUACCUGGGCUCCAUGAUUGAGGAGCUCAUGAACACGACUGGCAAGCCCGGCGGGCCCAGCGUGUGGAACUUCACCUAUUGGUGGUUUUUCCUCGUCUUCACGUGUGCAACUCAGGAUAUCGCAGUCGAUGGCUGGGCGCUGACGCUGCUGACUCCCGGAAACGUCUCGUAUGCAUCGACUGCGCAGACUGUCGGUCUCACAGCCGGCCAAUUCUUGUCGUACACGGUCUUCCUGGCAUUCAACACCAAGGACUUUGCCAACAGAUGGUUCCGAACCGUGCCUCAAGAGGAGGGCCUCAUCACCCUUGGAGGGUAUCUGACGUUCUGGGGGUGGUCCUACCUCCUCAUCACAAUAGGUCUGGCGCUCUUCAAGCGCGAGGAGAAGGCACAGAACGAGGAAGGCAUCUGGGACGUCUACAAGAUCAUGUGGCAAGUCCUGAAGCUUAAGAACAUCCAGACCAUCAUCAUCGUGCACCUGAUCGCCAAGAUCGGCUUCCAGGCAAACGAUGGUGUCACCAACCUCAAGCUUCUCGAAAAGGGCUUCGGCAAGGAGAACAUGGCCUUGACGGUUCUCAUCGACUUCCCUUUCGAGAUUGGCCUUGGUUACUAUGCCGGGAAGUGGUCGCAGGAGUACACUCCCAUGCGGCUGUGGUGCUGGGGCUUUGUGGGACGCCUCGCGGCUGCUUUAAUCGCUCAGUUCACCGUGGUCAUCUUCCCCGCUGGAGGCGUGUCGGUUCCGUACAUGCUCGUCGUCAUUGCAUCGCACAUCUUCUCCACGUUUACAAACACCGUCAUGUUUGUGGCCGUCUCCGCCUUCCACGCGAGGGUGGCCGAUCCCGUCAUUGGUGGUACAUACAUGACGCUGCUCGCCACUGUGUCCAACCUCGGCGGCACCUUCCCCAGGAUCUUUGUCCUCAAGAUGGUGGACCACUUCACCUCGGCCGUCUGCCACCCGGCCACGAGCAAGCUCGACGAGUCGCUGCUGAAGGGCCCCUUGGUGACGCAGCCGUUCUCGUGCGCGGUGCAGGCCGACCGCGAGCGCUGCACCAACGGCGGCGGCUCGUGCGAGGUCCUGCACGAUGGCUACUACAUUGUAAACAUCCUCUGCGUGGCAUUCGGGGUCCUGACGUUCUUCUUCUACAUCCGGAAGAGAGUGCUGCAUCUGCAGAGCCUGCCUCUGCGCGCUUGGCGUCUGGCGGGAUCCAAGUAG